AUGUUUUGCCGACUACGCAUAAGUUGCAGUUGCCCGAGAAGGGUAUUUCACAGAAGUUUAAGUUCUGCAGAAGUGUCAACUGCAUUGCGGCCUUUUUAUUUUCAUGUCCAUCCUGAUUUAUUUGGAAAAUAUCCUGAACAAAGGAAAAUUAACGAAAUCUCCUUACAACAACUCAGUGCCCUAUUAGAAGCUCAACAAUCUAGUCGAAAUAUACAUAUACCUGUUUUGCCUUUUUAUUUGAGGAAGAAAGACAUGCCAGAAGGACAAUUUGAACUAGUAAAAAUAAAAUUAGAUAGCAAAAAUAUAAGAGAAACUGUUGUAAAAAUUUUAAGUGCCUGUGAUAUUUCUACGAGCUAUAUUGACAAAAUUCCAAUAAUUCAGAGAGAUAGGAAAAAGCAAUUCCGUGAAGAUUUUGACAAAGCCUAUGAAAAAUAUAAGGAUGAAUUUGAUAAAGCAACUCAAAUGAAAAGAAAAGUUGAGGAGAAGAAAGCUAUAUCAAAUAUAAUUGAUUGGAUUUCUGAGAAUAGUGGAGUUGCUAAAGAAAAAUAUGAAUCUACCCAUGCCACACGAGACCAUGUAAAAUCACUUAUCGAGCAAUUGUGCAAAACAUAUGGUAUAAAAGAAGUCAAGUAUGACAGUGGUUGGAACAUAAGUCACAUUAGAGGAGCACUGCAGAGCCUUACGUCAAUGGCAUCGCAACAUCCCCAACAUAUGGGGAAUUUAAAAGAUAGAACUAUAGCAUUAGGGCAGUUUACUGGUGUAAGCUUAGAUGGUGAUGUUUUUCUAAAUAUAAUUGAUGUAAGAAAUGAAUGGCUAUCGCUGAUUAAGAAAGUGAGCCAGGAAGAUUCUGCUUUAACACAAAUACCCCAGUAUGAAAAAGCAUUGUCGAGUAUACUAAGGGACAUUCAUAUUUGCAGAAGAAAGUUUAUGCCAAAAGUAUCAGCAGCACAGUACUGCAGUCAUCUUAGACAAUUGAUCACAUCUAUUGGCGAUUUCUACGGUCGCGGUCGUAAGAUCCCUGAUUCGGUACCCGAGUCACUGGAAAAGUUUGAGAUUGUCGUUGAACCAGAGGCUGGUCCGUUAAUGGUUUCACCAACAGGUCAGUUUAUUACUCCAUCUUCGUGUCCAGCUGAUGAAUUAAUUGCAUUUAUUACAAAUAACCUUGAUGGUGCAAUGUUAUUAUUAACUGAAUACAGCAUCAACAAACAUGUAGAGAGGGCAUUAUAUAAAGAGGUAAAAGAGAGAUUCCAGCUUUUAGACCUUAUUAAAGAUGACAGCAUAACACCUGCCUUGAUGAUUCUGUGCUGUCAAAGACUUCUCACUAGAAUUGACAAAAUUGAUGAGAAAUUACGCGGUAACAUAUUAUAUGUAACACAUUACUACUCAGUGUUGUCAGAGGGCGUUUUAUGUAUUCCAUGGGAUUUUAAGGGAUAA